UGGAUCCACGUCUAGGUCCAUGGCUGCUUAUACAUUUUUGUUGGUCGAUAAAAGGAACGUGUACAUGAAUCUUUGUUUGCAUCCGCGCCGAACCCGCAGUUCUACAUCGCAUGAAGGGAGUGGGUGACGUUGAUGAACACCAUACUGUCAAUGCACAGAGAAAGAGCAGACGACACGAGAGCUCUUGCGUUUAUGGAAGUGCAAACGUAAGCCAUUACAGGUCUUCGUGAGGGCCACAUGUGGAAAAUGCCUGCGUAGUUUGUACAUGUUUUGUCAUUGCAUUUUUUUUUACCAACCACACAAGCUUGAAUUGAAGUGUAUAUACCAUGCGCACACUAGAAGGACUAAUAUUUACUGCACUUGACCCCUCCCCAAAACAUUCUCGAAGCUCAAAGAAAUGCAGACGAAAGUUAGCCCAUCAGGCUCCAUUUGCGAAUAAAGCGAUUCAGAUGAAAGGAAUCGCCCUAAAAGUGUUGUGCUAACUUAAAAAAAGACUGAUAUUUAGUUCUUAGAUUUCUCGAAAUACAUUAAAAUUUCAAUCAUCAUUAUGAUUAUCGAAAUGAAAACGAUAGCUAGAUUUAGUCGAAGAAGAUCAACGGAGCCAUCUAAGGAUUAGCCCGUUAGAAGAUCUGAUGUAAACAGUAGUGUCGUCAAAUGUAUGGUAUGGCAUUGUCUUGAAUAAUCCCUUGAUCAUUAUAAUUGGAAAUAAUGGCCAAUUCCUUUAUGACUAGGAAACAUAGAGAUAGCAAUUUGAUUUAAUAACAUUAAUGGAACUGCUUUAUAUCGGGACUUAUUUCCUGGUUUAGUCGUAGGACUCAUUGGAUGUCGUAAAUAAACAUUUUUUGAAGUCUUUCUAAAAUUUCUGAGAUUGACUAAAACUUGUUCAGUAGACAGUGUCUCCAUAUCAAUGGAAAUAAAAGAUGCAGUUGUGUUCGUGUAAGCAAAAAAUGAGCAACCAUGGAACUGAACAAGCCGUGUUCUUUUCAUUUAUUUACAUAAAACGAAAGUAAAUAAGGCAGUCGCACCAGACUUUGGCAUUUGUUCCUUGCAUUCACAGCUUCAUUAAAUCGGGAUAAAACACUUUUCACCCUCCCCCCAAUUAAAAAACCCUAAGGUUUUAGUGAUGCUGUAGAUUUACAAUGGGGCGACUCCGAAGAGCCCCGAUUUUUGAUGCUGUUUGUCGAGGUUCCUUGACGGAGGUUGAAUCUCUCCUAAAAUCUGGUAAGAGCCCAGACACCACUCUUCCUGGGUGCCCGACACCUUUGUACCAGGCAGUUCAGCUCCAGCAUCAAGACAUUGCAGUUGCUCUCAUAAAAGCUGGUUGCUCCUUACAAAAAUCAAAAUCCUUGUUGACUGUUGCACCUGUACUUUUGAUGGCAGCUGAGUUCAACAUGAAAGAAGUAGUUUGUGAACUGCUGCAACGACCAGACUGUGAUCCUCUUUUGCAAGAUUCCAAGGGUAACACAAUCAUGCAUAUAGCAGUGAAACAUGAAAAUGAAGAGCUUGUGAAGAUGCUUCCCCGGGACAGAUAUGUCACACGAAGGGAUGAUUAUGGACAGUCUCCCAUUCACAUUGCUGCAGAAGUAGGAAACCUUGCAAUAUUGCAAAUUCUUCUGGAUAUGGACAAAACAAUAAAUGAUUUCUACUGUAAAACAAGGACCGAUCAUAUUUCAUUUGUUUCCUAUACCCAAACAUCCAAAGAAUUGUAUUCUUUGAUAAACUUACCGACUCUGGGAACUAAAAGCACACCUUUGCAUUUUGCUGCAAAGAAUUAUCAUGUGGAUGUUAUUGACUUUCUUUUGAAGAAUGGAGCAGAAGUGAAUGCUAUUAAUAUUCAUCAUAGCACACCCCUACAUAGUCUGUGCUUAGUAGGAGAAUCCACAUCCCAUGAAAGGUGUAUCAGAGCAGCAGAAAAGUUACUGGAAGCCGGAGCAGACUACACGAUACCCGGUCUGUACAACGAGACCGCUGGAUCUCCACGCCGACGUCCCCCGUCUCUGACCCCCAUGAUGGUGGCAGCACGCCGGCAGUGCCCUGCCCUGGUGGAAGUGCUGGCGGAGCGAGGCGCUGACCCCAUGACCAGAGACGAGGAGGGAAGAACAGCCCUGAUGGUGUCCCUCUACUAUGGGGACGACCAGAGUGCCGCUUAUCUCUUGUCACAUCACCCUGAGGGCGAGCAAACACACAGCCUUCAGGAUGUACAUGGCUGCUCCUGCCUGCACUAUGUCUCCAGCUGCAGACACCAGGAGGGUGACCUGACACGCCGGCUCCUAGAACAGGGUUAUUGUUACCAUGUUAGAAAGGGCGAGAACCCGCUGCAGUCCAACUACUCACCGCUCAACAGUGCCGUGGCGGCCGGUAAGGUCAGCGUGGCCGAGGUGCUGUUGGACCACUUCCCCCGCCUGCUGCUGGACCUACCUGGCGAAAACGAGGCUGAAUACCCGCUCCAUGCCGUCGCCCACCUGCUCGAGACUAACGACCAUGUGACCAUCCAAAUGACACGCUUGUUCCUUAGUCACGGCGCUGAUGUUGACAAAGAGCUGCAGGGGCUUACUCCCCUCAGAUGGCGCUGAGACGCGGACGCUGGACCCUGGCGGAACUGCUCCUGGCCGUUGGCUGCCGGGUGAACUUCGACCUCGCCGAUGUUCUUGACUCUUUUGCGGAGGGCCCCAGACUUGAGCGCCUGAAGGGAAUCGUCGACGGACAGCGCCGUGUGCCACCAACCCUGCGACAUUUUUGUUUGACCGUCGUUCGGCAUUGCGUCAGGCUCAGCAAGUACGGGUUUAAAGAUAUGUUUCAGCUGCCUCUGCCCGGGAGUGUAGUACUACAGUUACGAUACCUGGAAUAAGUUGGGAGUGGUCAUCACGAAACAGAAAUUCCCUUAGACAAGAGUGUUUUCGGCACAUGGAGAAUUUAGGCAGCUUCUGUUUUUAAUAAAGUGCAUGUACUAAUAACA